GACUUUUUUGAGGCAUUUCAUUUAAAGCAGUCAUGCACACUGUUCAGGCAGUCAGAGCAAAACAGGAAACAAGGACCAGACAAAAGUUAAGAAGUAGAGGAGGAGGUAAUCCUUCUUGAGGAAGUCCUGUUGGAAAGAAAUGUUGGGAGAUAUUCGUAUAAAUCUUUUGCAUUUGGUGGAAAGGUAUGGGUGAUCAUGCCGUGUGUGCACUGGGUGGAGUUUACAUGUUUUCUUCAAAAACACUGCUGGUAUUUUUAACAGCUCAGUGUUUAUAUGUGCACAGAAAGCCAGGCGUCCGUGUAGGACUACCCCAUAGUGUGACUUUCCAUGACAGAAUAUGGCAUUCCGUAGAAUGUUGAUGAUGAAAUUCCACUUUCUUACAGCGACGCUGUGCGUAUAAAAACACCACCGACGGACUAGUUAUGCAGCCUACUUACAGAGACAGGGGAGAGGCGCAUUUCGCAAGUUAACGUAGGCAAAGUAAGUUUAUAAUGUAUCCGCCAAUCACAUUACAUCAGUUACUUACAGGGGAAAGGGACAGAUAAAAGGGUUCAGGGAAAUAGUUUCGCGGCCACUGAGUUUAUGUGGUUUGAUGCAGGUAGACCUUAUUUUUCAGCUCAGUAAUCAUGACGUGAAUGGAGGACCGGUUUGAAUUUGCCGAACCCCACGUGUUGUUAAGCGAAGGAUGAUUAAGACAUUGGGUCUUAUGGAGCUGAAUAGCAAAGCUGGGAGCCAGUGCGCGAUCCACCACUAACUUGCUUCAGACCCUUUUUGCGAAAUCGUGUUUUAUUUUGAUUUUUUAUUUCCCCACCGCUGAUGAACAAUGGAGGAGCAACCCUCCUCUUUUCCCCUGCGUUAGAUCAUUGUUUUUGAUGCUGUUGUUUUGUUGGAGGGCAGGGGGAUACCUGGUCUUUUCGGACUUCUGCUAGAAAGCACCCCGAACAUCAGUGGUAUAGACAGUUGUCUUCUACCGCCUCCCUACCGAUCCCAAGCAGCUGAUGUAGUGUGCUCUCAUCCAGGCAAUAUUAUGGUGAAAUUCCUAGCGCUCGCACCUUACUGGCCUCUUGUCCGAUUUCUGGUUCCUCUCGCAAUCACCAACAUAGCCAUGGAUCUUGGAGAACAGGCUUUGAACAGGGGCAUUGCAGCAGUUAAAGGAGAUUCGGUGGAAAUGUUGGCUAGCUAUGGCCUAGCUUACUCACUGAUGAAAUUCUUCACGGGGCCCCUGAGUGAUUUCAAGAAUGUAGGCCUGGUAUUUGUGAACAGCAAGAAGGACCGUACCAAGGCUGUACUGUGCAUGGUUACAGCUGGGACUGUGGCCGUUAUCGUUCACAUUCUCAUAGCCUAUACAGAUUUAGGAUACUACAUCAUCAACAAGCUUCAUGGUGUGGAUGACUUUGUGGGUAGCAAGACCAGGAAAGCUUUCCUUUAUUUGGCAUUUUUCCCUUUACUGGAUGCUCUGGCCUGGACACACACUGGUAUCCUCUUGAAGCACAAACAUAGUUUCUUGGUGGGCUGUGCUUCUAUUUCUGAUGUCGUUGCUCAGAUAGUGUUUGUGGCCAUCUUGCUCCAAAGUAACUUGGAGUGUUUUGAGCCACUGCUGAUACCCAUACUGUCGUUGUACAUGGGUGCACUAGUUCGCUUCACCAUUGUGGGCAUAGGCUACUACCAUAAAAUCCAUGAUGUCAUCCCAGAGUCCUGUGGGCCUGAAGUUGGGGGGGAUGCCACCAUUAAGAAAAUGCUGAGCUUCUGGUGGCCCCUGGCCCUCAUCCUGGCCACCCAGCGCAUUAGCAGGCCCAUUGUAAACCUCUUUGUUUCCCGGGACCUGCAGGGGAGUGUUGCAGCUACUGAGGCAGUAGCAGUGCUUACAGCGACGUACCCGGUGGGUCACAUGCCCUACGGUUGGCUAACAGAGCUGCGGACAAUCUACUCGGCCUUCGAUAAGAACAACCCUGGUAACAAGUUAAUCAACAGUGGCACUGUGGUAACCAAAUCACACAUCAAAAAGUUCACCUUUAUGUGUCUGGCGCUGUCUCUCAUGUGCUGCUUUGUGCUGUUCUGGACCCCGCACGUCUCGGAGAAGAUCAUGGUGAACAUUAUCGGGGUGGACCCCGAAUUUGCCCAGCUCUGCAUCGCCCCACUGCGUGUCUUUUCCUUCUUCGCUAUUCCUGUGACCAUCCGGGCUCACCUAACAGGAUGGCUGAUGAUCCUGAAGAAGACUUUUUUCCUGGCUCCCAGCUCUGUCCUGCGCAUUGUUGUGCUCAUCACCAGUCUUAUUGUGUUGCCUUACAUGGGGGUGCAUGGUGGUACACUGGGAGUGGGAUCUCUUUUGGCUGGUUUCUUUGGGGAAGCCACCAUGGUUGCAAUAGCUGCGUGCUACGUCAAACAAAAACAGAAGAAAAAGAAGGUGAUAGAUGGCACAACUGCAGAAGAGGGUGAAGAAUCAUCCCCUAUUGGCGAAGCAGGGACCGGGGGUGAAAUGGACGGCAUUGUAGAACUGCAGGAAGAAUGCCAGGCUGAGGAAUGAAAAGGACUUUUAGAUCAGUGAGAAGAAUAUUCGGAGGAAGGGGAAGGGUUGUCUCAUUUGCUGGAAUGGUUCUGAAUAGCUGAACAUCAGCUCUCUUCCAUGGAAUACUGUCCUGCCAGAGCCUGAGAGGCACUCCUUAUGGCUUAUGGCACACCCUCCCCAAGUGCUCCAAUAUGUGCAAAGAUGAACCCAGAGGAGAGGCCUUUGCAUGCACAGGGUGGCCAUUCUAGCUUUGUGAUUGAAACGCACACUCUCAUUUGUUACGUAAUUUUACGUAAUAAUUUAUAAGUACGCACAUACACAAACACACUGAUUAUAUAUAUAUAUAUAUAGCUGGUAAAUGCGGGUUUUUCACCAGUAAAAUGGUCAAAGUCAAGUUUUUGUCGGGAAAAUGGUUGAAGUCCUUACGGACAUUCUAGCCGCCAAAAAAAAAGAAGAAAAUUGUAGGCUAAAGGCCGAAAUGAUGCCUUACAAUUGCAGAUAGUCUAUGCAUUUCACUUAUAUAUCCUCUGUU